GGAAACAAAAACAAUCCGGACAAUUAAAGUGUAAAGUGCGACGCGUUGGGCAACGCUCGCCGAUCAAAGAACAGCAAAAACAACGCGGUCAAGUGUGAGACAGCGAGCGAAAGAGAGGCGAGAGAGCGAGCGCGACAGCAGGGAGCAGAACAAUUUUGCAGUGUUUUCGCGACGUAAAAGUAAUCAAAUUUUAUUUGCAAAAGCCCUCCUAAUAGCUAAGGCGAACCAUUUAAAAGACUGUAAUCAACGUUAUGUCUUCAACUCCAGCAGCGGCGUCUGGUGCCGGCAGCAGCGCCACCAGCUCCAGCGUUGCGGCCACAUCCAGCGCCAGUUCCUCGAGCAGCACUGCCUCCACCAACCAGACCACAGCCGCCGGCACACCAGCACGCGGUCGUGGUGGCGCCAAUACGAAUGGCGGCACUGCGGCCGCCAACGCUGCCUCGGGAAGCAAUAAUUCGACGGCAACUGCAACCAGCGAUGAACCACGCAAGGAUACGAAGUCAACGCCUAGAAUAUCCAAAGCACUGGGGACCUCGGCCAAGCGCAUACAAAAGGAACUGGCUGAAAUCACAUUGGAUCCGCCGCCCAAUUGCAGUGCUGGUCCCAAGGGCGAUAAUCUCUAUGAAUGGGUGUCGACCAUAUUGGGACCACCUGGUUCAGUGUAUGAGGGCGGUGUAUUCUUCCUGGACAUACACUUUUCGCCUGAGUAUCCGUUUAAACCGCCCAAAGUCACAUUUCGCACUCGCAUCUAUCACUGCAAUAUCAAUAGCCAGGGCGUCAUUUGUCUGGACAUAUUAAAGGACAAUUGGUCGCCGGCGCUGACCAUAUCAAAAGUUUUGCUCUCGAUUUGUUCCCUGCUCACAGAUUGUAAUCCUGCUGAUCCUUUGGUUGGCAGCAUCGCCACGCAAUAUUUGCAGAAUCGAGAGGAGCACGAUCGAAUUGCGCGUCUCUGGACAAAGCGGUACGCAACAUGAUGCGCAAGUCCUAGCAUUAAACACGUACCACACGCUGCAGCAAAAAACGAAAAUUCGCAAAUUAUAAAUAAAUAUAUUAAAGUACGCUAACUAUUAACUUAACGACAUAACACACAAGGAAACAACAACAACAAUAGUUAAAACGUAUCCCAUUUUAAAAAAGCAAAAAAAAAACCUUUCUGUAAUUGUAACUUUAUCAUUAUGCUAAACACACAUACAAGUUUGAGAGAUAUGUAUAAUUGUUUAUACAAGCAGAAAAAGUGUAAAAACAAUUUUAACAACUUGUAGGUUGCGUGUUCAAAAUUUCGUUUGUUUUAGAAGCAACACAGAAAUACAAAAAAAAGAAAAGAAAAGAAAUCAAUACAAACAAAAGGAAACACUGAAUAUAUUGAACCAUAAUCCACACAUCAUUCAACUUCACAUUGGCAUAUUUACUAAUCAACCACAUAAAUAAAUAAAUAAUUAUAAAUACAAUUAGUUUACAUUACGAGUAUCUGUACAGUGUUAAGUAAAAAUGGAGCUAAACAAUUAACAACAAACAAAGCCUAUUUUAGUAAAUAUACUUAUUAACACAACAAACGAAACAAAUAACAAAUCGUCAGGGCAGCAAAUUUCGUAAUUUUGAGCAAAUUUUCAAUAAUAAGUGGCCGCAGCAA